ACGUCAGUCUGCGUUUCUCCGUCUGUUUAUCAUUGUUUGGACUCCGCGUCUCUCAAUCUACUCAACAUGAUGACUCCACACCUGCUGUGUGUUCCUCUGCUGCUGUCACUGAUGUGCUCGGCAUCCAGCAGAGCUGUGAGCGAAGACAUGGUGGAGGUUUUCACUCUCUCUGAUCAGGACGCUACCCUGAGGUGCACCGCCAGACAAAUACCCGGGGUGCAGUACAGCGCCGUGAGGUGGUACAAGGCUGGAAGAGACUCGUCUCAUCAGCGCAAUGGCCUUCUGGCCAAAAACCUCCCAAAUGGCACCACCAGAUGGUACAAAGACGUGACCAGGGAAGUGGAGCUGCAGGAUGAAUCCCUUGACCUCGUCCUGCCCAACGUGACCUGCAGCGACAGUGGAGUGUACCUGUGUUUUCUGGCUGCACCUGUGGGACAGCAGAACCAGGAGGGGAAAGUUCUGCUCACACUGCCAGAUUGUCCUGCUGAUCCUGCAGAAUCUCCCGUCGGACCUGAAACCCCUUCGCUGGCAGAUAAACUCAUGGUCAUUUUUGCCUCAGCGCUGCUGGUGCUCGCACUUCUCAUUUCCUUCUUGAGCUAUAAAUGUUUGACGAAUACAGUCAAGGACAGAAUUCAGGUUGCCAAGAAAGAAAUCUUGUUGAACGCGCCGCUCAAGCCGCUGGAAAAGAAGGACUUGAUGCUAAUUUACACUCUGGGUCCCAAAAUGUCCAAGUUGGAGCAUAUUUGUGUCUGAAGACUGUCUGGAGAAAGAUGUGAUAAAGUCGGCCUCCUCCGAGACAGCAGUAAUGCAAGGAAGGAAGAAGGAUCUGUGGAGAGACGAUCAAAGUGUCUGCAGGGUCAGGAUUCAGGUCGGGACUUUGAUCGUCCAGGAUGAUUGGGCUGGUCCGGUUCAGGACAGGACGACACACGGCAACGUGUUGCUUGGAUGCUCCAUGCCUCAAUUAAAAAACAAUAUAAAUGCACUAUUUGCAGCUUCAUACGCAGGAUGUUUCAUGGCUAAAAUCUAUUAGCUGGUAAAGCUCUUUUUUUUUUUUUUUUUUGUCAGACUACUGUUCUUACUGUGAUGUUUAUGUUCCAAAACCGGUGCUGAUCAUUUCAACCUUUCACCAUUUCAUACCUUUAAAAAUAUUAGUUUUUUCAACCAUCCACCAAUUUAUCCCAGUUUUGAUGGCUGGUGACAGUAAAGAAAUGUAGUAUUAUUACUCUGGUAAUUAAAAUCUACCGACAAGAGAUAUGUUUAUUUGGUAUAUGCAGGACAAUCCAAUUAAAUAGUUUGUGAAAUUGGAGCUUUCUUUUUUUUUAGCACAAUUUGUCCCUAUAAUUUAAGAAAAUACUUUACUAGAGUAGAGAAAAGAUAUUUAUUGCAGUUUAACUACAUGUAAACAAAAUGGUUUGCUUAAAGGUAUAAAAUGGAAAAAAGUGGGGUAGAAAUGAUAACGUUUAGUUAUGAAAGGGGGAGUUAACCCGGAGUUAUACAAAAACGGUCUUUCUUUUUUUUACUUUCAAGAUAGGAAUUUUCUGAAAAUGUUUAAUUGAAAUUACGCUAAACAAAGAAAAUAAAAAUAAGAAAGUUAGCGAAACACUAGUUAACAAAUAUAUUCUGUUCAUUGUUGUGGGAUUACAGUCAGUUGACUGUAUGUAAGUAAAAGCUGCUACUGAGCCAUUCCAGAACUCGGCUCUUGAUAGGUUGAGUUCUAGUUUUAUGUUCUCAUUCUGUAUGUGUGCAAAGGUGUGAAAGAUAUAUUAUUUAUUAAAACUGGAGCUGAUUAAA